GGGGCGACGGCGGCCCUCCGCCCCGACCGCCAUGAGCACCCAGCAGGUCACUGGCAGGUAUUUUAUGCAUGGUGUGUGUCGGGAAGGAAACCAGUGCCUGUUCUCACAUGACUUGGCAAACAGCAAGCCCUCUACCAUCUGCAAAUACUACCAGAGGGGCUGUUGCGCCUGUGGAACUCGUUGCAGAUACGAUCACACGAGGCCCUCUGCUGCGGCUGGUGGGGCCAUGGGCACCGUGCCCCACGGGGUGCCGUCCCCGGGUUUCCACAGUCCUCACCCACCUUCUGACCUCACUGCAUCAAUUGUGAAAACGAACUUACACGAGCCGGGGAAACGUGAAAAGAGGCCAUUGGUAUUAAGAGACCGAAAUCUCUCCGGCAUGGCUGAAGAAAAGACUUGCCCAAGUGUGGUGAGUAAUCCCGGAGGCUGCAGGGACCCACAGAACAGCCCAGAGAUGAAGCCGCAUUCCUACCUAGACGUGAUCAGGAGUGGUCUCGACGACUUAGAAGCCAGCAGCUCCUACAGCGGUGAGCAGCAGCUGUGCCCCUACACGGCUGCUGGGGAGUGCCGAUUUGGGGAUGCUUGUGUCUACCUCCAUGGGGAAGUGUGUGAAAUCUGUAGGUUACAAGUCCUGCACCCCUUCGACCCAGAGCAGAGGAGAGCUCACGAGAUCUGCAUGUCAACAUUUGAACACGAGAUGGAGAAGGCUUUUGCCUUCCAGGCGAGUCAGGACAAGGUGUGCAGCAUCUGCAUGGAGGUGAUCCUCGAGAAGGCGUCAGCCUCAGAGCGGAGGUUCGGGAUCCUGUCCAACGGCAACCACACGUACUGCCUGUCCUGCAUCCGGCAGUGGAGGUGUGCCAAGCAGUUUGAGAACCCAAUCAUCAAGUCUUGUCCAGAAUGCCGUGUGAUAUCAGAGUUUGUAAUUCCAAGUGUGUAUUGGGUAGAAGACCAGUAUAAAAAGAACGAGUUCAUUGAAGCUUUCAAACAAGGAAUGGGAAAAAAAGCUUGUAAGUAUUUCGAACAAGGCAAAGGGACCUGCCCAUUUGGAAGCAAAUGCCUUUACCGCCAUGCUUACCCUGAUGGGCGGCUAGCAGAGCCUGAGAAAGCUCAGAAACAGCUCAGUUCUGAAGGCACCGUGAGGUUCUUUAAUUCAGUGAGGCUCUGGGAUUUCAUCGAGAACCGAGAGAGCCAGCAUGUCCCCAACACUGAAGACGUUGACAUGACCGAGCUUGGGGACCUCUUCAUGCACCUGUCAGGAGUGGAGUCGUCAGAACCCUGAGGAGUAGGUGGUUGCCCUGCAUCUCGGGCCAGCCGAGCCCCCUCCACGGCAGCCUGGGGUGGCGUGUCACUUGGAUUUGAGUGGGGUUGUAUUUAACCUUGGUCUCAUCCACUCCGUGACAGCCAUGGGAAGAGUGAGAAUACAAAAUAACCUAACACAUACGGAAUCAUUACUUCUCUAGUUGCUAUUUAGCUUAGUUGCACCUCAAGCUCCUCAGGGGGACCAGCUGACCUGCCAGAGUUUUCAUUGUUUCAGACCAGCCUGGCUCCCUUCUUGAGCACAGUCCUAAGAACAGUCACCGUGCAGCUGCCCCUAAAGCAGCAGAUUCAUUUUUCUUACCAGAGGAUUCUUCAGUCCUUGAAAGGAUUCCUGCGUGGUGAUUCUCCCCAGUGUACGGCAAUGGUGUGUGGGCAACACUGGAUUUUGUACACUGCUUUCCAAACAAACAGAGUGGGCGCUGCACCUUAGCAUAGAACUUGACUUAGGGCUCCCCUGUGUCCCAAAUCAGGGCAGGAGUCUUGUUGCCAGAUGGUCAGUAGACAAGUUAACGUAUAAACCUUCUUCCCUUGGGUGGA